CAGCGCCCAGAACUUAAAAUUCGUGCCUGUGCGUGCCUGUUGCUAGAGCUGCAACGGUACUCCAAGUAGAUUCGCUGGCAAGCCCACUCCGCCCCACCUGCACCACCAUAGGUCUCGCCGAGACGGCUGUCCUAGACCUGAUGGCUGCCAAUUUGCAACAGCAGCGUUCCCUUAAUUCCCAACUACGUCGCGAGAUGGGAAUAGAACGGAUUCAGGUCUCUGAAGCGUGUACGCUGAUGAUGAAGUACAUAUUGGAGAACGAAGGGAACGACUCUCUGCUGAGCGGAUUCAACAGCCAAAACUUGAAUCCGUUCCGCGAGAAGAGCUCGUGCAGCAUCUUAUAAGUAUAAUUAUAAGUUCGAACUGUGCCACCCCACACACGUUCCUAACAACAGUAUUUAUUGAUAUAUACAAAAACUACUCAUAUAUUAUAUUGUACUCAAAUAGACCCGCCGAAUGGCGGGGAAUAUGCAUGCAUGUGUGUAUUAGUAUAACCUAUUGAUGUUUGUUGUAAGUAUGCUGACCUCAAUUAUGUCUAUAAACUGAAUAUAUACAAUGUAUAGGGCAGAUAUUUAUGAAUGUGUAAACAUUCGGGAACCGUCUUGAACAAAAAUGCCUGCAUAGUAUGUAUAGAUAUCGUGUAUUUUGCUAUCCUGUAGCUCUUUUUUGGAGAAAGACAUACAUAUUUAUGAAUUAGCAGCCCACUUCACCCCCUCUAUAAAUGUUUCCUAUUGAGAUAUCCGUCAAAUAAAUCUAUAUAUUCGUAAAAUAAA